UUUAAUGCACAUAUCAGAUAUGGCCACGUAUAAUGUAAUUUGAAUUUACUUCCUUCUGUUCGACUUGCAUAUAAGAAUAGUACCGUAUAAACAUGGCAUGCCCAGUUUGUGGAGAGACUAGAUUUAGGAGCGCAGCGCAACAAACAUGUCAUACUGCCAUGAACCAUGGAACACACGGUUGUGGUUGUGGAUACAAGUUUACUUCUGAAGAAGAAUUAAAAUCACACGAGAAAACAAUGAAGGAAAACAUGAAAGAAAAUCCUUGCUCCAGUUGUUGUCGGUCAUUUGAAACAAAUGGGACAUUAAAAGAUCACCAAAGGGAUAAACUUCAUGAUUAUACUAAACCCCCUAAUCAGUGUGAUUGUGGAAAAACAUGUAAAUCUGCAGAUGGUCUCGCUCAGCAUAUUCACGAUAAACAAGAAAACUUGAAUAUCACAGAUGCAAAAUACAAAAGCAAAGGAGAAUAUUAUGAUGAGUUUUACAAAACAAAUGUCAUGGUUAGCAAAGAUGAUCGUAAGGAGAGUGUUGGAAAGUGUCGUGACACGUUAAACAAAAUCAUGGAUCAUGUUCGCACACAAGAGAAUGGCAAAAUUUACAGUAGUGAUAUCAGAAAAGCCGGAAGUCAUGCUACAAGAACCAAGGUAAAAAAAGCCGACGAGUUUGACGUAAACAUUGCUUUGAACAUUCCUGUGGCUGACGUCAAAACUAAAGGGACAGUAAAGUAUACCUACAAAGAUAAUUUGAACCCACGUGACCCAAAGAGUGCAUCUCCAGAAAAUCUUAAUGUGAUAAGAGAAAUGACUGCAGUUCCAAAAGGUACACAGAACUAUAUCCCUAUCGGAUAUGCUGCUGUUAAUGCUGCGGGGAAUGCAAAGAUGGCAAGUAAAGUAACACAUAAUGGGGACAUAAUACCUAGAAAAGUUCAGGAGGAUCUUUACAGCAAGAUGAGGACUGCCAUUAAAGACUUGAACCUUAAAGAUGUGCAUAUUUCAAGAAAUUCCCAUGGUCCAGCACUGACAUUGACCAAAACUGGUUCAAAAGGGAAACACGAUAUCAAUAUAGACGUCACUACAACGAUUGGUGAUAGACACGUACCAGUUGGUGUGUACGGUUGGCCUCGUCCUGACACAAGUAAAGUUCUGUCGAAAAAAACAAUAGAUAGAAUUAACAACGUCGGAACCCACAUGGUCCCUAAAGGAGGUGAAUUUUGGAAUGUAUCCCACUCUAAAGCAGAGAAGGAGCUAAUGAGAGGAUUAGAUACGGGGAAUCAAUGUCGCCGUCAAUGUUAUAAGAUGUUAAAGGCAGACGUACAAACCUGGAAGUCGAAAUCCACUGAUAAUUAUCCGGGGAUAUCAUCACACCUUUUGAAGCACUCAAUGUUUUGGAUGAACGAACGACACCAACCCAACAAUAAAGAUUAUUGGAACCAGAAAAACAUUCACAACUGUUACACGGAUUCUCUUAAGGCAUUUAAAAGCCAUUUGGAUCAGUGCAAACUACCAGAUUACUUCCAUCCCAUGAACAAUAUGCUCGGGAAAAAAAACAAAGACGUGUGUCACAGACUAGCCAGAUGUGUUGAAGGCAGAAGAAAUGAACUUUUACACAUGAAGCUGCUAUAAUGAAAAUUUGUAUUAAUGCACGUGUGGGAUUUUGAACUACCGUCAUUGAGACUAUAAAAUAAUUGCUUGUUUAAGGCUAACCUGAUAGUCAUUAAUUUCGGUCUGCGUAGUAAUUUUUUUCGUAUGUGAUUAUCAGGGUAUUCUAUUUCAUACAAUUAGCAUAUUAUAUUCCAAGAGAGUACGUGAUAUGACGUGAUUUGGGGAUUAUCAUAUUCAACAUUAUUUGUCAAAUUGAUUGUCCGUCCAUAAUUGUGUCAAAGUUCUGGUUUCUUUGUUUUGCAUCUGCUUGGUGGUUGAUGGCUUUGUAAAUAUUUUGGAACGUCCUUCCUUUUUUAUAAAGAAAUAAAGAUUUUUAGGGGACUUUAUGCGUUAAGAAAAAUAUAUGUCCCAAAUGAUUAUAUUGUCUAAAAUAAACACAUUUCUGUUUUAUUUAUUUUUACCUUGAUAUUGAACAAGUAGAAUGAUUUUAAUGUUGUAAACUUGGACAAAAUCGAAUGGUAUACUUUGAUUAGGGUGUGUUUUUUUUGUUUGUUUUGUGUAUUUUAAAUUUGUGUGUGUGUUUAAUUUUUCUUUUUAUCAACGUGGUCAGAGACCAUAACAUAAACUAGUUUGUGAUUGAAAGAAGUUCUAAUGAGAGCCAAAGUAUGCAGUUUCUUUAUAAAGGUAUCAGAAAUGUUUUUUUUUUUUGUUUAACAUUAACUAUGCGUAUCUGUAAAAAUGUAAAAAAAAAAUGUUAAGUUAAAACUUGUAUAAAGUUUAGAAUUACGUCUGUGGCAUUCUUUUUUAAUAUCUUAAAUGCAUAGAAGCUGUGUCAGAUAGAAAUCGACCUUUUGUAAGUGCAUGUAUAUAUAAGUUCACAUGUAUAAGACUGUGACUGAUUUCGGAACAUUCAAGUACGAAAUGGUAUGUUUUGUGAUAUUCGUUUUCAUAAGGUCGGUUUCUAUAUGACGCAACACAUAAGAUAACAUAGUGUACAUUGGCUUCCUCUACCAAUUAAUACUUGCCUCAGAUAUACAACUAGUACUGAAAUCGACGUUUAACACUAUAAAUAAAUCAUAUAGCUAUAUAAAUAAAUUCAAGACUUUGAAAACAAAAGUCUAAUUCAUUCGGAUAAAGUUCUUUGUGUUUCGUCAAUAUGUGGAUUGGUUCUUUUGGGGUGAUGGAUACAAAGUAUAAUAUAACAUUUUGCAUAUUAACAGUGCCAAUAAUAACGCUUAAUUAGAUUCAUGAGAGACAUACAUAAUAAGCACCAAAAUGUCGGAUGUUAGCUGAUGACCUUCACUUUUAAUUUAAUGCCUUUCUAAUUUUUUUUCAUAGCACUGAUAUGUUUUGUUUUUAAUUUAUUUGCAUAUAUAAACAAUGUUUUGUUAUAAUAAAAUACUUGAUAUAA